UUCAUUCAUAGAAGAAGCCUGUUUGGUGGCACUCCGAGCAUUAUGCAAUGAAAUUUUGCCCUUCAAAAAAGAAGUUACUUGGGACUUGGGGGUAGGGGGUUAUUUCUAGCCUCUUCAAGGGUAUUUUCAUCUUUUAGAAACAACCGAAUUCAGUUUCUUGACAGAGCCUCAGUCUCCAGCCUCCUGGUAAUUGCUUAACCCUUGUUUUCAAUUUGUUGCUAGACUUUUGUACCAAGGAAAUGGAUUCGGCCAUUAGUGAAACGGUGGAUGAUAAAACUCUUGCAUCCCAAUGGGAGUUCAGCUGUGACUUGGAAGUGGAUUAUGAGUCUGAGGAGAAUGCAUCCAUGGUAUAUGCAGCAUUGGCUGUUGAUAAGGAGUUGCAGCCAGACAAAGUGAGGAGGAAGAUGUCUGUGGCUGAUGGAAAGCUCUCAGUGCAUUUUGAGGCAGUGGAGGCUAGAUUUCUUCGUGCUUCAUUCAGCGCAUUUGUGGAUGUUCUGACACUUGCCACCAAAACUAUUGAAGAAUUUGGACCAGGAAUGGAAUUAUAGAACCUAUUGAUUAGCUUCUGAUUAGAACUGAUUUCUUGAAAUUGUAAGUGUAAUUUCAAUCGAAACUCAACGUUCAUGAUAUCAGAGCUUGAAUUGUAAUUGUUUGUAUAUCUUGGUUUGUGACCACUUACAGAAAUGGUAGAAUCACCAUGGGGUAGUAGUACCAUUUCACCUUCAAAUUUAUACUUCACUCUGUAAUGUUAUUCUUAUUGUUUUCGUAUCUCAUUAAUGUGGUCAUGUAGGAAAGUA